AUGCCCCUCGCCGCCGCCGCCGCCGCCGCCGCCACUGACAGCGCCCCUCACCCUGGGGCGCUCGGCCACUCGGAAGAGCCCGGCCACCCCGAUGGCACGCUGGACGUGGUGCACUUGCUUUUCGGCUCGGGCGUCACCGCGCCGGCGGCCUGCCUGAGCGUGGCCUGCCGCCGAGGCCGGGGAGCCGUGCCGCCAUUCGCCACCACCCUGUGGCGCUCGUCGCUGCUGCUGGCCCUGCACCUGCGCCACCAGCCGGCCAUGGUCGCCGGGCACAGCGUGCUGGAGCUCGGCGCCGGGACCGGGGUGGCCGGGCUGACGGCCGCUCUGCUCGGUGCUCGGCGGGUUGUCCUGACCGACCUCCCCCAGGGGGGUGUCCAGUCGGCCGAGCGCAGCGUGCGCCUCAACCCGCGGGCCAGGCCGGCCACGGGCGGUGUCGAGGUCCUCCCAUUGGACUGGGCCGCGGCCGAUGCGCCGGCCAUGGUCGCCCGCCUGGGCAGCCCCUUCCCGGACCUGCUGCUGGCGGCCGACUGCGUUUUCCAGCCUGACAUGUUCGUGCCCUUUGUGCAGACACUGGCCCUGCUACUGCAUGAGGCCCAGGCCCGGGGCCGGGAUUGCCACCCCCUGGCCCUGAUGGCCUAUGAAAACCGGUCCCCCUACCGGUCCCUGGCCGAGACAUUGGCCUUCUGGGGGCUGGUCGGCCGGGAGGUCCCCCUGCCGCCGGCCGAUCUGGGCACCCUCCGGGAGGUAGCCUGCCCGGGGGGCCCCUGCUCGGGCGCAUGCGUGCCCUCCAGCGCCGCGGAGGACUUGACGCCCGGGCUCUUCGAGGAUCUGCGGCUGUUUGAAAUUUCCCUGGCGACGGACCGCCCGGAGCCGGAAUAAGGCUGGUCCCGCCCCCGCCGGAGGCCCGGUCACACUCCCCUGCUGCACAGGGGCCUUCCGUGCGGCGAUUCUCGACAUACAUGCUUGGUGUAUUGGCCCGUCGUGGGGAAGGGCCCCUCAGCGCGGUGACGACCCUCCGGCCAGCGGAGAAGCACCCCCCGCAUGGUUGCCAUUGUCAGUGGCGUCGCCGCCCUCGUCGUCGUUGUUGUCGGAAGAGGAGGGGGACGACGAGUGGCGGGCCUGCUUCCGGGGGGGCUUGGCGGUGUCCGGCGUGGUGGCCGCCGGCAGCGGCGCCGCACCGGCGGCCGCCACGCCCAUCGGGGCCCCCUGGUCCGGGACCCGGAAGAGUUCGGAGUCGCUGCCGAUCAGGUCGCCCAGGGAAAUGGCCCGCGCAAGGAGAUCCGACUCGCCGGGGAUGGCAGCCGCCGAACCGCCAGGCUGGGCGUCCAGCUGGGCGGCCCCCGCGGCGGCCGGCACACCGGCCCACAAGUCGCGACUGCUGCCAGACCCGGCCGGUCCCCCGACUCCGCGGCGUUCCCAGACCAUGGUGUUGAAUGAGGCGAUGACCUUGCGGUGCUGGCCACCCUGGGGGGUGAGCGGGGCCUGUGCAGGCGGUGACGCCGGCGGGCCGUGCCCGGGCGCCGAAGUGGCGGCGUGGCCCUCCCCGAGGAGGCCCUGCCCGCUGAGGUCUGUCUCCUCCCCGGCCGGGGCUGUGAAAUAGGAUGUGUCCAAGGGCCCUGCCAGCUGGGGAACGAACAAAGGCUGCGCCGUGGCAGUAACAGAAGGGGGGGCGGGGGGAAUGAAUACAUGUCAGUCGGCAGCGGGCGACCCUCGUGUUGGCGAUUGUCUUGUGUUGGA